GAGUGAGUUACGAACAUCUGUUCUACCUGGGUUGAGUUGGUUUUGCACGCUCUUCCAUAGUUAUACGUUCUGCCUUCUACGUCCUAGAUUGUAUUUCGGGAGGAAAGUUCGCUCCGCAUAAAUUCUCACUAGUGGAUACCGCACGAUAUGUGAUAAAAAACUGAAUUUUCACCGUAUUCAUACGGUUUCGGUUAUAAUUCCGUAUUAUAACAAUUGUUUUGAGUAAUGACAUCUUCAAUUCACUUUUCAUUGGUCAAAGCCAACUAACAAAAGUAUUUUACUUAACAACAUGGUGCUGAAAAGAAGUGACUCUAAGAUGGCUAGUGAUAUGCAUAGCCUUCUGGAACAUCCUAAGCGCACUAAAGUACAUGCCCAACGAAAAUUUGCUCAAGGUUCAGGUAUGAAUAGCCCGAUGAUGACUCCAGUCAAAGAAAAAGAGAAAACAAAGUCAAAUAGUGCAGCCUCACCACCUGAUCUAUUGCCAGCAAAACGUCCUAAAACAGAAGAUUUCUUGACAUUCCUUUGCUUUAGAGGUACAAAAGCUCUUCCACCAAGGCUUGAUUUUUUUAAUACAGCUACAAAAUCUGAAAAGACUGACAAAGAAAUCUCAACACCUGGGUUAUCAAAACGUUCUCCUAAUAGUCAGGAAAAUAAACCAAAGAUUAAUAAAAAUAAAGUUAAUAAGUGCAAUGCAGAAAGAGUUAUAAUCAAUAAAACACAAGAGAAACGUUUGACUCAACAUUCAAGGAUAAGAAAUCUUAAACAAAAGAGUAAUACUAUGCUGCGAUCUCAUGCCUUAUUAGAAGGAAGACAAAAGAAAAUUGCUAACCGAGGUUCAAAAAUGCAACUUCCGAGACUUAAAAGAGGACAUCAAUCCCUUUUGAUGAGAAUGGGAGCAACCAGAAUGAGAAGUGGAUUAAGAAGUGAUGGGGAACUACCACCAGGUAGCGAGUUGGGUAUAAAAUCUGAUAGGAAGCCGAGGCAGGACAUCAGGCCUAAUUUGAAGGCAGCCAAAGGAAAACUUAGGAAAGUAAAAGCAAAAUUAGAAAUAGUAAAGAAAAAUAAAAAAUGUGAAGAUGAACAAGAAACGAUGGUGGAUUCUGAAUGUGCUCAUGAAGAAAAUGAAUCAGAGCAAGAAAAUAAUCAAGUUAUUCGGAAAAAAUCACGUCGAAAAUCUACAAGGACUAAACAAACAGUUCCUAAGAGUUCUAUAAAAAAUGUAAAAAUUAGACCUACUCGAAAGACUAAGGAAGCAGCAACUUUAUAUAUGGAAAUGCUAAAUAAAGAUAUGCGUGUUAAUGAAGAUGAGGAUUUUGAAGAAUAUGGUAGUGAUAGUACAAUAGAAGGAAAACCUGAAGCUAGCCACACAAAAUCAACUUUGAAAUUAAAUGAACCAACAGGCAAAGGGAAGUGUCAACCUUUGAAAAAAUUCCAACUGAAUAGAGUCCAUCAUCCACACAAAUCAAUUCUUAAAAGACUUGGCGCUACAAAAAUAAGAAGCGGAUUGAGAAGUGCUGGACAUUUGGGAUUGGCAGUAAAUGAUGUUGGUAUAAAAUCAAAAGUGAAAAAAAUGGCAGUCAAAGGCAGAAAAGAUUUGAACAAAUCAAAUUUGGACAUUUCUUUAAAUGAUAGCAAUAAUUUGAAAGAGAGUACCUCUGGUUGUAAACAAGAAAAAAAAUCUACAAAGCAAACAUCGAAAGCUAAAAAUGAUUUGAAAAAGCAUGUUCAGAAUUCUGAGAAUGAGGAAGAAACCACCACCACGUCUUCCAGUAUUGUGAAAAUGGAUAGAAAAUUAAGGCAUUCAGGAACUGAAAAGCUGGAAUCUGUAAAGGCUGAGAAUGAAUCAAUUAUUCCAGUUAAUUCCAAAUGUAAAAGUGAAUUGAGAGCAAAAAUAGCAAAAGAAUCUGACGACGUGUCAAAGCAAAAUAUCAGAAAGCUUAAAAAGACAGAAGGGGUUCAAAAAACUAAACAAGAAUUUAAAACUAUUAAAAAAGGAAAACAAUUAACAAAAAUUAAAGCAAAAACCAAGCAAGCUAUCAAAAGUGUCAAGCAGCAAGAUUUUUCUUCAGAUGGUGAAACAGAUGAAGUAACUUCUGUCAAUGAAAGCAAGAAAAGAAAAGUGUCUAAUGCAAAUUUAAAGUUGAAACAAGAAGGUAAAAAGGAACCAAAAUUGGAAGAAAGUGAAUCAGAAAAAGAAAGUGAAACAAAAUUAGAAAGAAAAAAGAAAAAUACUCCAAAACAAAAAGCAAAAAGUGGAAAUAAACAAGCACAAAAUGCUUCCAUGUGUGAUGAUGAUUCUGAGGAUGACAAUAAGGAACCUAAAAUGCCAUUUAGGAUGUCUACUAGGACUCGUCAACCUACAGGAGCAAAACCACCAAAAUCUUUAGAUGUUCAAAAAAGGCCUAGCAGAAAAACAAAGGAAGCUGCUACUUUGUAUAUGGAAAUGUUGACUAAAGAUUUGAGAAGUCCUGAUGACGAGGAUUUUGAAGAUUUUGAAUUUGAAGAGACUUUUUUAAAAGCCGAAGAAAAAAAAUUGGAAGUAAAGAAAGAUAAUAAUCAUAAAGGAGGCAGCAACAUCACCAUUGAGGAUAAACAAACCCAGAAAACUUUGAAAGGAAAUUCAGUGAAGAGUAAUCUAUCCCAGUCUAAAUCAUCAGAUAAUUUAUUAACACAAGGGAAAUUAAAUGAAAGAACACUUCGAACCUCAAGAGCUAAGAAAAGCAUGGCUGAACUUAGUGAUGAAAAUUCCAGUAAUGAUGAAAAGCUUGAGGAACAGAUUGAUGACAGAAAGUUUAGGAGAGGAAAUGUUAAGAAAUAUGAUCAAGAGCAACAGUCAGUCUCAACAGUAGAACCAAAGAAAAAAGUACUACUUAAAAGAGCUGACAAUUCAAUGGAAAGGGAUUCUACCGAAAUGGAAAUGGGAGAAACUAAUGAUACUGAAAAAAUUGGAAGGACAAAGAAAAGAUCAAUUAAAAACAUUCAUUGUAAUGAAGAUAAAAGUUCAAAUUCAUUGAAAAAAGGAAUUGCUAAAUCUGAUAAAGCAGUUAAUAAGGCUGAAGGAGAGAAAAGUUCAAUUAAAGGAAAGGAGGAGAAAAAAGAACUUAACCAACUAAAUUCUGAGCCCACAUCAUUAAAUGGUAAUCCUACAAUCGAUAUUUCUCAUGCUUCAAAAAUAAAAAAUAAAUCUAAAGUUGUUCAACAAAAGAAGCCUUUGGAUAUUGAAAGUGUUGAGAAAAAUGAAGACGGCAAAAUAACAGAAACCACAAAUUUAGUGUUGGAGCCACUCAAAGUAGAAAGUGAAGAAAUUAAUAAUGGUGUAUCUCAAAAUUUAUUAAAUAGUUCACCAAUUUGUAAGAAACCUACCCCCAAAAUGAGACACAUUCAAACAAAAAAGUCUUCUGAUAAACUUGAAGAAGUAAACAAAAGAUCGAGUAGUGUUAGAGAUGUAUUUAAAGGACUUCAAAAAGAUCAGAAGAAUCAGCAAGGGGUUAAACAAAAAAUGCAAGAUCAAGACUCUGUCUCUAAACUACCCACAGCCAAAAAUUUAAAAACAACUAAAUUUGUAGAUAAAUAUAUAUUAGAGAAAUCAUCUCCAGAAGAAACUGAAAAACAAAUUAAAACUAAAAAAAUAAACAAAACAAAAGAACAGAAGAUAGCAUUGGUAGACAAAAAAAGUAAAAUAGGCUCUAAAGAUUUGGAAUUACAAGAUGCUGCAAUCGCCAAUGUUGGGUUUGAUAAUAAUGCAGAAUUAAAAUUUGAACGUCAAAAACAAGACAAAGAACAGAGAGUAGAUCCUGAGGCACAGAUAUUAGAGUCAGUUGAACCAAACAAAUGCCAAAAGGCUAAUGAUCAAAAACAAGUACUUGGAGAACCAAAUAAAACUAAUAAAAAAAGUAAGCCUACUAUUAAAAAAAAUGUGAUAAAAUUACCAGAAUUAGAAGAACAUGAAAUGGCUGAAGAAUUUACAGAAACGGAUUCAGAUGAGGAACGCAGAAGAAGGCCUAAACGGCCGAAACUUACUGCAAGAGAUCCAGAUGACAAACCUUAUUUUGAAAGUGAAUUUGAAGGAAACAGGAGGCUCCCGUUUAAGAGAAGCAAUGUUAAUUUAAAUUUUUCACCCUUAACAAAUCAACUAGAUAAUAAUUUCAUUAAUGAGACAGCAAGGAAAAGAAAUAAUUCAUGUAGCACACUUACGAUUAAGCAUGAACCAAUGAAUGCCAAAGGGGAUAAAUUAGCAAUUGAUGAACCAGGAACAUCAACUCACUGUAAUAUCAUUCCAACAAAUCCUGAUGACAGUGAUGUAAUUGAAGCUUUGAUAUCUUUAAGAAACGAACAUAUUUUUAAAAAAUCUAGUGAACCUCAAAGUGAACACCUUUUAAAUGUGAGCCCUAAUAUUGAAAUUAGACAAAAUGAUGGAAUUUUAACUGACCUUAAAGAGUCACACAGUAAAAAGGACUUUUCUGAUAUUUUUGAAAUUAAAGAAAAAUGCUCCUUCGAGGAGAGAAAAUCUAGUAGUGAUUCUAUUACAAGUCAGUCAAGUAGUUUUGCAGAUUGUAAUGUUGGUCUAGAACCAUUUGGUGAGAAUGAUCUCAAAAAAGACAUGAAGACAAAUCAAAUUUGUCUACAGUCCAAUUUAGUUGAAACAGGAGAUAAAGAAGAUACAGCAGCAUGUGAAGAUACUAAAACGAAUGUAGGAAAAGGAAGAAGUUCAAGAAGGAAUUCUUUGUCUAAUAAAAUAGGGAAACAUAGAAAAAGCAGGUCAGAAUCUACAUAUGGCAUUGAUUUGUCAAGUUCUAAAACUGAACAAAUAGUUGAUCAUUCAUUUUCAUCACAAACCACACAAGAGAACAAGCUUAAAAUUGCAAAUGUUAAAGCAAUUGUCAACGAAAUUUCACAUGGGGAAAUGAGAGGGAGUCAAGUAUUUUUAAAGGAAAUUGACCUUAACAAAACCAAACCCUUAACCGUGGAAAUAUUUAAUGACAUGUCUGAUUUAAAUAGUGAUUCUGAAACCACAAAUUUGCUAUCUUCAAAUUCUAAAAAUAAAGACCUUUUUGAAGAUAUUAAAACUGAGAGUGACGAUUCGAAGCAGUCAACGUCAGUUGAUUCAAAAAUUGAAGGGCAAAGUUUUGUGACAAAAUUAAGUGAAAACGAAACAAAAUCAUUUCAUUUUAAGAAAGAAGCAAAAGAUGUGCAGUUUCCAAAAUCUGAACUUACAAAAUCCAAACAGUCGAUGAAUGAAACUUGGAGACAAGCUUUCAAAAAUGCUAAAAUUCCUAAAACUGGACAGAGGUCACCAGCUCCCCACAGUGUUGAACCUUUUGUGAGAAAAUCAUCUUAUUUCUUUAAAAAUGAAGAUGUAAAAAAAACCCAAUUAAAUAUUGCAAAACUACCGAAUAUUCAAUCUUUCAAGAACUUCAGCAAGUUUGGUAAUGCUUCUCCAAGCCGCCCAUUUCCUGUUGAUGUAUUUGAGGGUAAAAGUAACGUCUAUCUUUCACCAAAUAAAGUCUUGAACCCUCGAGAAGAUUUUCGUAAAGAUAGCCCAUCAAAAAGUUCUGUCUCCAGCAGUGAAGAAUUAAAAGAUAUGAAAAAAAAUGAUAAGACACCUGUCAAAUCAUUGACUCAGCUUCAGUAUGAGAAACGUAGCUCAGAACUUAUCAGCAGUUUAAAAGAUACACCUCCACCUUUAAUAAUGGAUGCCAACACAAUUUAUCUACCCAAUCUUCAAACUGACUUUAAAGAAAAGAAACAGGAACCUAUUGCAAACCAAGAUUUACAAAAACCCAAAACUGAAGGAAAACACCUGAAUCUCCCUCUUGCUGUGGAACACACUUUAAGAAAAAUGUCACCGACUACAGUUAGUAAAAAACCCGUUCCUAAUAAAACCUUUAGUGUUGACAGAAAACCAUUAUUAUCAUCUUCUCAAGUAACAAAACUUCCUGUACAGGAACAAAAUGAAAGCAUGCAUAAUAUUAAGCCUGUUUCCAUACCUGAAACAUCUGGUCGAGCUAGUACAAAUAUUGAUGUCCUACAUAAAAAAAAAGUUAACAUGUCUACAGAAGAAAUAAAUCGGUGGAUGGAUUUUAAAAGUAAAAGUAAUUAUCAUACUAUGGGCUGUGGAAUCUUUGAAAACAAUCACUGUGAGUGUAGUUUCAGAACAAGUAGUGCUAGCAUGUUAAAUAGUGGUGGUGUGAGUGAUUUGAUUGUCAAAGAAGAAUCCAAAGUUGAUCAUGGAGUAGUCGAACCACCGAUACAACUAAAAGAAUUGGAUUCUACAUCAAAAAUGUUUGAAGCUCAAACAAUUUCCUCUUGUAAAGUGGAUGAGUAUAGAGAGAAAAUUCUUCUAAAGAAAACAAGUUCUGAAGAGAUAUCACCAUUGAAAACCGUAAAACCAAACAACUCACCAGAAGAGAAAUUAUUUAAAAGUGAUAGGUCAAUGACAGAAGAGGAAAUGUGUGAAUUUGAUUUCACAUUUGAAAAAACUUCGAAUUCUCCAAGAGAAUCAGGUUCUGAUAUGUCAUCACCAACCCUUAAAGAUGAUAUUUCUUUGACAUUGGAAGAUAAAUCCGAAGGGAUUCAAGUGGAACGAAAAUCUAUCUUUCAGCAGAGGCGUUCUGGUUCUACUCCAAAGCAACUAUCAGUUUCAAAAAGUCCAAGUGCUUUCUCUGCUGAUAAUGAGCGAAGUGUAUAUGCUUUUGAACCAGAUUUACCCCCACCAACUCUCAAUAAACCUUUUAGAAGAAGAGGAAGCAGAGUUAAAAGUAGUGAUGAUGAAUCUCCUUCAAGUUCUUCCAUUGCAGUACAAGUUAAGUUAGAAAACGAGGCUGUUCUUGAAUCCUCUACACAAACAGAAGAAGUGCUUAAACUUCAGAAUGAUGACCCGGAACAAAGUAGAAUUAUGUUACCAGAAUUGCUUACCAAAACAUCAAAUAUGAUUACUCAAACAUCAAGUUCCAGGUCUCCACAUUUGUCAGGACAGACUCAAAAACCGGAACAAAAGGUGCGACCUUUGCCAUCUACAUCUACUUCUAUUGCCACUAAACCUUUGGUAGGGAAAGUUCAACCAACUAUAAGGGACCCAGAAGCCAUCAGAGUUCAAUGCAGUGACCCUGGUGCAAACGUCAAACGAGAAAAGGCUAACCAAGGAAUUCAAUUAAGCUCAAACAUAGAAAAAUGUACUGAGGAAACCACAGUAAAAGAAGAAAUCCAGAAGGAUGAUAACAUUCUACCGACAAGAUCCAAAAGCAACAAAAGCCGUGUUUCAAGUGUCAGUGCAUCUGAAUUUCCAAUACCAGGAACUUCACCAUGCAUGUUAAAUGCUCCAAUUUUUAGACCGACGGAAAAAGAAUUUCAAGACCCUCUCGAGUACAUAGAACGGAUUACACCAUUAGCACAGUCUUUUGGUAUAUGUAAAAUAAUCCCACCAUCAAAUUUCAAGCCCGAGUGCAAAAUCAGUGAUGAUAUGCGAUUCACAGCUUAUAAUCAAUAUGUGCACAAAAUGCUAAAUCGCUGGGGGCCAAAUGUUAAAGAGAUGUCUGCUAUUAAAAAAUAUUUAGCUACACAAAGCAUUACAUUAAACCAGCUCCCAUGGAUUGGAGGGAUGGAAGUUGAUCUUCCAAGAUUAUAUCAAACAGUACAGAAUUGCGGAGGUCUUAAAGAAGUAAUAGAAAAGAAAAGAUGGGCAAAAGUUGCUGACGCUAUGAAAAUACCAAAAUCAGCUCAAGAUCGUGUUACCAAGUUAGAUGACAUAUAUUGCAAAUAUCUUUUACCGUAUGACACACUCUCUCAUGCUGAGAGAAAUAAACUGUUGAAUGAGGUUGAAAUUGAAUGGGAAGCAAGAGAGCGUAGAAUUCUAGAAGAGAAAGAAGAUGAAAAAGAGGGAAGAGAACCUGAUGAGUCUGACAGCGAAGAAAGUGAUUCUGAUGACAGAGAUGAAUGUAUUACAAAGGGCAGGAGCAUGGCAUUGAACGGAUUUUUUCGUAUAGCUCGAAACACUAUGGCAAUGUGGUUCAAAGAAUCGAAUCCUGGAGCAAAAGAAGUCGAAUUUGAAUUCUGGAAACAUGUCUCUGCUGGAGUAUCACAUUUGUGUGUUCAUUCCGGUUCCAUUGAUUCAGGGACUUGGGGCUGUGGAUUUCCUACAGCAAAAACGAGUUCAACAUCGCGUCAUCCAUGGAAUCUCAAAGUUCUUACAAACAACAGUGGUUCCAUUCUUAGAUCAUUAGGCCCUGCUAUAGGUGUGACAGUACCAACUCUGCAUGUUGGGAUGAUUUUCACUGCUUGCUGUUGGUACAGAGAUCCACAUUCUCUUCCUUGGAUAGAAUAUUUACAUACCGGUGCAAGCAAAAUUUGGUAUGGUGUACCUGAUUCGUGGUGUGAAGAGUUGAGAAGUGCUAUGAGAAACCUUCUGCCACGAUUCUGUCGGGAUAAAAAAAUCUGGUUGGCAUCAGACACAGCGAUGGUUCCCCCUGAACUUCUUAUUGAACAAGGUGUAUCCCUCUGUAGAACAGUGCAGGAACCUGGGCAGUUUAUACUUGUUUUUCCAAAAGCUUUUACUUCCACAAUUUGUACAGGGUAUUUGGUCUCAGAAAGUGUAUAUUUUGCACAACCUUCUUGGCUUAAUACCGCCCGAUUAGUUUUUAAGGAUAUCCAAGAAAGUUGUGAACCUCCUAUUUUUUCUUUGGAAAAACUUUUAUUCAAUAUAGCUUCAGAUAUUAAGUCGUCAGUUGACGUGUUAAAUCAAGUUUUACCGAUGAUAAAUGAUUUAAAAGAAACUGAAAUAGUAAAACGGAAAGAGUUAGAGUCACUCGGAUUGUCUGAAAAAGAGAAAUUACCUAUUAUGAAAGGCCGCAAAAAGAGCCAAGAAGAUGCACAGGAAUAUGAGUGUGAGAUUUGCCGUGCAAUCCUUUUCUUGUCCCUUGUAAGUAAUUCUCAAGAUGACUGUAAUUACUGUUUGGCUCAUGCGAUAGAAAUAUUGCAGAAGGACAAAAGCUCUCUUAAACAUUGUAAACUUAUGUAUACUUACGAUGAGGAUCAAAUGGAAGAUUUUAUCGAGAAACUAAAAGUUAGGAUAGAACAGAAGUACCAAAAGAAGCAAGGAAAAACUAGCAGCUGUAAUAAAACAAACCCAUCUUAAGUUUUAAAUGUACAUUGCUGACUGCCAGUUCAAAAUUAUUGCUUAGCAAAUAAUUUCCUUAGAAAAAGGAUCUUCCAUGAAUUUGAAACAUUUGUAAAUAAAUCAAUACGUAGGUAAUUAUUUCAUGAUUAAAAUGAAUUAUUACUUUAUUAAAGUAUAAAUAUAAUUGUUUAUUUUAAUAUACACAAUAAAUAUAUAUUUUAACCACUAAAAGGAUGUACAUUUUGAAACUGUAAAUACAUAAUUAGAAUAAAAAAUAUUUUUGACCCUUAUUUUGUAUUACUUUCAUAUGCAAAUAUUGAAUGGAUACCAUGUAAAGAUUAAAUGCUUCAAGUGGUGCUUUAACAUUUCAUUUUGCAGAAUUUCUUCAAACUUAAGUUCAAUCUUUAAGUUCUUUUCUUCAAGUAUACCAAUAUUAUUUUUUUGAACUUGUUAAU